GGGCCAGUGGGGCCAGACCGCCAGAGCCCAAUUGGAGGGAGCAGCUGCUCAGCAGUUUUUGAAAUUUGAGAAUUGCCACUACAACUACGCCCAGUAUAACUGAGUACAGUCGAGUUCCCAACUGACUAAUCCACACUCCGCCUAAAAAAGAAAGAGAAAGGACUAGAACAAACCGGGGUUCCGCCGUUCCGACCGCCUCGCCGCCGCCGGCCACCACCUUCCAACUCCAGUCUCCAGCUGCUACCUUGCGCAGCCACAGAUGCCCGGCGAGGCGGCUACUGAUGGGGACAACCCGCCGGCGGCGCCCAUGGCUCAGCACCACCAGCACGAAAGUGCCGAUUCCGAUGGUGACCGCAAGGAGGAGGGCUUGUUUACCAUGGAAGCCGAGCCGGCCGGGGCCAUGGAGCCGUACAAGCUCCCCAGGAGGCUCUUCCAGAUGCUCUACCGGCACCAGCAAGAGGGCCUCCGGUGGCUUUGGGCGCUGCACUGCAAGGCCACCGGAGGGAUCCUCGCCGACGAGAUGGGCCUCGGGAAGACGAUGCUGGUUUCCGGUUUCUUGGCCGGAUUAUUUCACUCUGGGUUAAUCAAGAGGUCGUUAAUUGUUGCCCCGAAGUCUGUCCUAACCCAUUGGGUGAAAGAGCUUUCAGCUGUGGGACUCGAAGACAAGAUCAGGGACUACACAGGGACUAGCAUAAAUGAUCGCAGCCAUCAGCUUCAGUGCAUCCUCAAGGAGGGUGGCAUUCUUCUAACAACAUAUGACAUUGUCCGGAACAAUAGCUCACUAAUAAGAGGCAACUACUGCGGUGAUGCUAACAACGGUGAUGAAGAGAUGCCUUGGGACUAUGUUAUUCUUGAUGAGGGGCAUAUUAUGCGGAAUCUAAAAACACAAAGGGCACAGAGUUUGUUUCAAAUACGUUCUGCUCAUCGCAUUGUCAUCACUGGAACACCUUAUCAAAAUAACUUAAUGGAAAUGUGGGCUUUGUUCUAUUUCUGUUGCCCUGACAUUUUGGGUGAUAAGGAUGAGUUCAAAGUAAGAUAUGAGAAGCCAUUACUCUGUGGAAACGACAAGAAUGCUACUGAUCAAGAGAAGCACAUGAGUUUAAAAGCAGCAAAUGAAUUUAAGGAGCGCAUUAAACCAUACUUUCUCCGACGCCUGGAAAGUGAAUUAUUCGGCAACAGUUUUGAAGAGAAAGAUAAAAUUCUACCUCAGAAGAAUGAACUAACCAUCUGGUUAAAAUUAACAUCUUGCCAGAGGCAAUUGUAUGAGGCCUUUCUGAAGCUGGUUCAUUCACAGACUGAAGCGCUGAAACUUUCAUCCUUGGAAGCCAUCACGAUUUUGAAGACAAUAUGUGAUCACCCACUGCUCUUAACUCAAAGAGCUGCUGAGGAUAUUAGGGAAGGAAUGGGUACCAUAUGGAAUAAUCAAGCAAUGUGCCUGGUGGAACGGAUUCUUGAAGAUGGGCUCCAUGUUGACAAUGUGCUUCAAGUUGUGCGAGAUGUCUCCUGCAAGAUAGGUUUUAUCCUGCCAUUAUUGAAAAACCUUGUUGAAGAGGGCCACAAUGUUUUGAUCUUUUCACAGAGUCGAAAAAUGCUUAACGCUAUUCAGCAAUUCAAAAAGCAGGAAUCUAUAGUGUCGGAGGGCCAUAAGUUGCUGCGCAUUGAUGGUAACACCAAGGUAUCUGAGAGGGCAAAGAUUGUGAAGGACUUCCAAGAUGGUUCUGGAGCUCCAAUAUUGUUGUUGUCCUCACAAGUUGGUGGACUCGGCAAUACACUCACCAAGGCAAAUCGUGUUAUAAUAGUUGACCCUUCUUGGAAUCCAAGUACAGAUAACCAAAGCGUCAGCCGUGCUUAUCGAAUUGGGCAGAGAAAGGAUGUGAUUGUAUAUCGCCUGGUGACUUGCGGGACCAUUGAGGAGAAGAUAUACAAGCUGCAGGUCUUCAAGGGAGGUCUUUUUAAGACAGCUGUAGAGCACACAGAACAAGCACAAUACUUCAACCAGGAGGAUAUGCGUGAGUAUCUUAGUUCUCCAACAGAGGGGUUUGAUGUUUCUCCUACCCAACAUCAAUUGCAAGAGGAGCAUAGUCAACAACUUGUCAUGGAUGAGUCCUUGAGGAAGCAUAUCCAGUUCCUGGAGCAACAAGGUAUUGCUGGUGUGAGCCAUCAUAGCCUCCUGUUUCAAAGACCAGUGAUCAUACCAACUUUGGAUGAUAGUGUUGUGCUGGACAGGAAGCCUAAAGACAUAUUGGUCAGGCGCUGCUUUGCCAAGAGAGGGCGAGCUCUUGCUCCCGAGCAGACAAUCGAUGAUGACAUGCUCAAGAAUAUGAAGACAGGAAGGGCCAAUGAAAUAUAUGAGAUUAGAAAAGAAAUGGCCAGUCUGGAAGAAACCAGAAGACAUAUCAGAGGUUUGGAGCAUGAGUAUGUGCGGGAGCUUGUUGAAAUGCCGGACAGUGCAAGCUGGGACAAAAGGCAUCUGGAGAAGACACGGGAGCAAAUUGACGGUCUGCAUCGAGAGUAUGCAGCCAGAUUUGAUGAAAUGAUGGAGAGGAUCAAGCAGAGAACCACAUGUGACAUGGUGGAGAAGAUGGCAAGGGAGAUGAUGGAGUUAGAUCAGGAAUUGAUUGCCGACUUUGACGAAAUGGUGGAGACGAUGAUGCAGACAAGCAAGCUGGAUGGAGAAGUGGUGAGAAGCCUAGCGUUUCUUUGUGAGUAGCAUUUGAGAAGUAGAGAGAAAGGAAUCACUUGGUAAAUUUGGGCCCUGAAUCUGAUGCUGCAAGAGGAAGGAUGUCGGAAGCUGACUGCGCCGAAGACGAGCCGAUCAUCUGGCCAUGGUGAAAAUUUCGGCGUUUUCAACAGAAGAGCGUAUGCGUGGUCGAUGGAUGGAGCUGUAAACAUUUCCUGCCCGGUGCUAGUGUCCUGUUUCUGCUUGCUCAGUUUCUCCUUGGUAUUUCUGGAUGUGCAUGUAUGUAUGCUGGUUGUCUGUUGUUUCAGUGAACAACUUGAUGCUACCAGCUACUCCAUUGACUAAUUGAAUGCAUAUAUAGUUUGGAUGGUUUGGAUCAUGAUAAA